AACAAAAAAAAAAAAACCCCAAACCUUCUAGAAAAAAAUCCAAAAAAAAUGAACCAAGACGGGUUUACUGAGUUACUUCCGGGUGUACCCGAAGAAAUUGCUCUUGAAUGCUUGACCCGAUUACACUAUUCAACGCACAAAGUUGCUUCUCGUGUUUGUCAAAAAUGGUGUCGUCUUUUACAAAGCAAAGCUUUUUAUUACCAUCGUAAAAAAACAGGUUAUACCCAUAAAGCCGCUUGUUUAGUACAAGCACUACCAGCUCCAUCAGAUUCCAAACCUGUCGGACAACCGAGAUACGCUAUCUCGGUGUUCGAUUCGGUAACCCGUAUUUGGGAUCGGGUCGACCCGAUCCCAAAAUACCCAGACGGGUUACCUAUGUUCUGUCAAAUUGGGACAACAGAGGGGAAGCUUAUUGUAAUGGGCGGUUGGAACCCAACAACAUGGGAUCCGAUUAAGGAUGUUUUUGUUUAUGAUUUUAUGACUCGCGCGUGGACUCAGUGCAAAGAUAUGCCCCAAGCGCGUUCGUUUUUCGCUAUGGGACCCAGUGGGGGGCGUGUGUUUAUAGCGGGCGGUCAUGACGAGUGUAAGAACGCGCUGAGUAGCGCGUGGGUUUUCGAUAUUGGGUUGAACGAGUGGACUGAGUUGCCUCGGAUGAGUGAGGAACGAGAUGAGUGUGAAGGUGUUGUAAUCGGGUCGGGUUUUUGGGUUGUAAGCGGGUAUGAUACUGAAAGUCAAGGGAGAUUUAAAAGUAGUGCUGAGGUGUAUGAAAUCAGUACAGGUGAGUGGACACGUGUUGAAAAUGCAUGGGGAUCAACUCAAUGUCCUAGAGCAUGUGUAGGUGUAGGGGGUAAAAAUGGAAAAUUAACAUGUUGGGCUGAAUCCGACCCGAAUGUUAAAGUCGGAGCAUGUGGUGUGGAUCUUGGUAAUUGGACCUUGGUUACCGGGUCAGCUUAUCAAGGUGCCCCACAUGGAUUUUUCUUAGUGGAAAAAGACAACAAAAAAGAAGGGCAGAAUAGUAAAUUGGUGAAAAUUGAUGUUCCUGAUGAGUUUUCAGGAUUUGUGCAAUCUGGUUGCUGUGUGGAGAUCUGAAAUUUUGGAUAAUAUUAUUGUAAGUAUUAAAUGUAAAAUAUGUUUUUUUUUUUUUUUUUUGGUUUGUUUCCACUCAGCCUUUAUAGUAGCGCUGAGCUUUUAAGCAUAGUAGUCUUUUUAUGUAAAACUAUGUUUGGAGUAUGGUAUUGUAUAGUAUAGUAUAGUAAAAUAGAGAAGCAAUGUUAGUAACUAUAGUACAAUUUUCUUUUGGUAUGUAAUUCUCCGCUUUAAAAAAUGUCAAUUUGAGUAAUGGUAAUUUUCUUAUUGAAAA